AUAGAAAAGAAAUAAGAAUCUCAUUUCCGUCUCCUUCGUCUCCUAGGAAUCAGACGCGAUCCUCUCAUCUCUCGCUUGCUCUCAAUCGCAAAUAUAGUGCAACGAUGCUCGAACCUGAUGCACAUGAUUUGUCGGAUGAUGCCGAUUAUGCCGCGUCGAUUCAACAGGGCCCUGCAAGCAUGACUCGGAAUGACAGCCUCGGGCGAAACUCACAUAACGACCCAGAGGGUGCGGAGGUUGUAUAUACGAAGGAUAAUGUGGCAAUACAUCCUACUCAGGCCGCUUCCGAGAGAAUUAGUGGCCGAUUGAAGUUGAUUAAGCACGGAAAUGCUCUUUCAAUGACGUGGCUUCCUUACAAAGGGCAAAGUUCAAAUGCGAGAUCUGAGAAAGAUAAGAAUCUUUAUACUAUCAGGGCUGUGCCGUUUUCAGAUAUUCGAUCAAUACGUAGACACACUCCAACACUGGGUUGGCAGUACAUUAUUGUAGUUAUGUCGUCAGGAUUGGCUUUUCCUCCACUUUAUUUCUAUAAUGGAGGGGUCCGAGAAUUUCUUGCAACCAUCAAGCAGCAUGUUGUUCUUGUCAGAUCAGCAGAUGACGCCAAUGUGUUCCUUGUGAAUGAUUUUGAAAAUCCUCUCCAGAAGACUCUGUCUUCAUUGGAGCUUCCUAGAGCUCUUACUCCUAUGUGUGAAUCCCCCACCUCAGCUGAUCCAGAUAAGGGAGAGUUAGAUAAAAGCUCAAAUAUUUUUCAGAAUGGUAGGAGACAGAAGCAUCAUGAUCCUGCACGCGACAUUUCAAUGCAAGUAUUGGAGAAAUUUUCACUUGUUACUCGAUUUGCUCGUGAAACAACUUCCCAACUCUUCGGGGACAGCCAGUAUGAUAGCUAUCCUUCUAAUGACCGGUGGAAGGAUGGUGCUUUGUCACCUGCAUCUAAACGUAUCAUAUCAUCAGAUGAUUCUCCACAAGUUCGAAAUGAGGUUCCUGUGGCAGCGGAUCCUGUAGAGAUUGACAAAUUAUCACUGGUGUGGGGAAAGCCACGUCAGGCACCCCUGGGGCAAGAAGAGUGGGCUACCUUCUUGGAUGCAGAAGGGCGAGUGAUGGAUUCAAAUUCUUUGAAAAAGAGAAUCUUCUACGGAGGCAUUGAACACGAUUUGCGAAAAGAGGUUUGGAGAUUUUUAUUAGGAUACCACACCUAUGAAUCAACAUUUUCUGAGAGAGAGUACCUCAUAACAGUAAAGCAGUCGGCAUAUGAAACAAUUAAAAAACAGUGGCAGAGCAUCUCUCCAGAGCAGGCAAAGCGAUUUACAAAAUUUCGGGAGAGGAAAGGCCUUAUUGACAAGGAUGUGGUGAGGACUGACAGGUCGCUGGAAUUUUACGACGGGGAUGACAAUCCUAAUGUGUUUCUCAUGCGAGAUAUAUUGUUGACGUACUCAUUUUACAACUUUGAUCUUGGGUACUGUCAGGGUAUGAGUGAUCUUCUGUCGCCAAUCUUGUAUGUGAUGAGAGACGAAUCUGAGUCCUUUUGGUGCUUUGUUCACCUUAUGGAGCGUCUUGGACCUAAUUUCAAUCGUGAUCAAAGUGGGAUGCACUCUCAACUUUUUGCUUUAUCAAAGCUGGUCGAGGUGUUAGACAGCCCAUUGCACAACUAUUUCAAGCAGAAUGAUUGCCUGAACUAUUUCUUUUGUUUCCGCUGGCUACUGAUACAGUUCAAGAGGGAGUUUGAAUACGAUAAGACAAUGUGCAUAUGGGAAGUUCUGUGGACUCACCAUCUGAGCGAGCACCUACAACUAUAUGUCUGCGUUGCCAUUCUCAAGAGAUAUCGCAAGAAGAUUAUCGGGGAGCAGAUGGAUUUUGACACUCUCCUAAAAUUCAUCAAUGAAUUGAGCAGUAAUAUCGACCUCGAUUCAACCCUACGAGAAGCUGAAGCCCUGUGUAUAUGUGCCGGUGAGAACGGUGCAGCUUGUAUCCCUCCUGGAACGCCACCUUCGCUGCCAAUCGAAGAUGAUUCCUCAGCAUAUCCCCAGCUUGAUGAUGAAAUCUUGUAGAUGUUUGCUGAGGUAACUGCAAUCCAAAAUUUCUUCGCUAUUAAUCUUUUUGAAUAUUGUAAAUAUGUUGCUGAAUAUUUGGCGCGAUCGCACUUGUUACUUGAAUAUAAUUGUGUGUUCAUACAGUCCUAGAUUCGUCUUACUUUGUUAAAUAAUUGAGAGAUUAGUUCUUUUUAUAUUUCUUAUUUUACUCA